AAGUCCUGGAUGCAACACAUACUGCAUACUCAUCAUCUACUCCCUUUGCUAAAUUCUCACAUAAACAGCACCUGCCAAGUAUUGCAAACCCGGCCUACCAAUGGAGAAACGAAUGCAGUCUCUCAACGCACAAGCCCCUCUGCUGCCUGGCGAUCACCAGGAGGACUAUAAUCUCAAGGACACCAGUCCCCAGCUGGGCGAGCGAUGGCCUAACGGCGGUACUUUCGGAGGAAGAGGUUGGAUGAAUGGUGGUGAUAGAUUCACAAGCACUUACGAUCUUGUGGAGCAGAUGUUCUAUCUUUACGUCAGGGUCGUGAAAGCUAAAGAGCUUCCUCCCAGUUCCCUAACUGGAAGCUGCGACCCUUACGUGGAAGUAAAGCUGGGGAAUUACAAAGGAAGAACCAAGCACUUUGAUCGGAAAUCCAACCCUGAAUGGAACCAAGUUUUCGCUUUCUCUAAGGACCGUGUUCAAUCCUCGUUACUUGAAGUUUUUGUGAAGGAUAAAGAAAUGGCGGGCAGAGAUGAUUAUGUUAGAAGGGUAGCUUUCGAUUUGAACGAGGUUCCAACUAGAGUCCCACCCGACAGCCCAUUGGCUCCUCAAUGGUACAGAUUAGAAGACAGGCGUGGUGAAGGCAAGGUGAGGGGUGAGGUGAUGCUUGCGGUUUGGAUGGGAACACAAGCUGAUGAAGCAUUUACAGAGGCAUGGCACGCUGAUGCUGCUUCUGUCCAUGGAGAGGGUGUUUUCAACAUCCGGUCCAAGGUUUAUGUGUCGCCAAAGCUGUGGUACCUGAGGGUGAAUGUGAUUGAAGCUCAGGAUGUGGUGGCUAAUGAUAGAAGUCGCCUCCCGGAUGUGUUCGUGAAAGCACAGAUAGGCAACCAAGUGCUGCGGACCAAGAUAUGCCCCACCCGGACGCCGAACCCGCUGUGGAAUGAGGAUUUGGUAUUUGUCACGGCUGAGCCAUUUGAGGAACAGCUUUUAAUCACUGUCGAGGAUCGAGUGCACCCUUCAAAGGAAGAUGUAUUGGGGAAGAUAAGCCUUCCGCUCAACGAGUUCGAGAAGCGGCAAGACCACCGCCCAGUGAAUUCUCGGUGGUUCAAUCUUGAGAAGUACGGUUUUGGUGUCAUGGAAGGUGAUAGGAGGAAAGAACACAAGUUUUCUAGUAGGAUUCAUCUGAGAGUUUGUCUUGAAGGUGGAUAUCAUGUGCUUGAUGAGUCAACAAUGUACAUUAGUGAUCAAAGGCCCACAGCAAAACAGCUUUGGAAACAACCAGUUGGGAUACUAGAAGUGGGCAUUUUGGGUGCACAAGGGCUGCUCCCGAUGAAAAUGAAGGAUGGCCGAGGGAGUACAGAUGCUUAUUGUGUGGCUAAGUAUGGCCAGAAGUGGGUCCGCACCAGAACCAUUAUGGAGACUUUCAAUCCUAGAUGGAACGAGCAAUAUACGUGGGAAGUUUAUGAUCCUUGCACGGUGAUCACGCUGGGAGUUUUCGACAACAGCCACUUGGGCGGUAACAGUGGCGGUGGGAGCAAUGCAGGACGAGAUGCACGGAUCGGAAAGGUGCGGAUUCGGCUAUCAACUCUAGAAGCUCAUAGGACUUACACACAUUCUUAUCCACUCCUGGUCUUACACCCACAUGGAUUGAAGAAAAUGGGGGAGCUACAACUGGCAAUUAGAUUCACUACCCUGUCACUUGCUAACAUGAUAUACAUAUAUGGGCAACCCUUGCUGCCUAAGAUGCAUUAUUUACAUCCAUUCACAGUUAACCAGGUAGAUAAUCUAAGAUAUCAAGCCAUGAAUAUCGUGGCAAGGCGGCUCGGUCGAGCAGAGCCGCCUUUGAGAAAAGAGGUGGUGGAAUAUAUGUUAGAUGUGGAUUCCCACAUGUGGAGCAUGAGAAGAAGCAAAGCUAAUUUCUUCCGCAUUAUGUCACUCGUGUCUGGCAUGGUUGCCAUUGGUCAAUGGUUCGGCAGUGUUUGCUAUUGGAAGAACCCCAUCACCUCGGUCCUAGUCCAUAUUCUGUUUCUGAUCCUCGUAUGGUAUCCAGAGUUGAUUCUGCCGACGCUAUGUUUCUACAUGUUCCUAGUGGGACUAUGGAACUAUAGGUACCGCCCAAGGUACCCACCCCACAUGGAUACAAAGCUUUCAUGGGCGGAGUCAGUGAAUCCGGAUGAGCUAGAUGAAGAGUUUGACACGUUUCCGACAUGUAGACCACAUGACGUAAUUAGAAUGAGGUAUGAUCGGCUUCGGAGCGUUGCGGGGAGGAUUCAAACUGUCGUAGGUGACAUAGCAACACAAGGGGAGAGAUUUGAGUCGCUGCUGGGGUGGAGAGAUCCACGUGCCACCAGCCUUUUUAUUGUGUUUUGUGUUUGUGCGGCAGUGGUGCUGUAUGCAACCCCGUUCAGAGUGGUGGCUCUGGUUGGCGGCCUGUAUUAUCUGCGGCACCCCAGGUUCCGGAGCAAGCUGCCAUCUGUGCCCAGCAGUUUCUUCAAACGCCUGCCGGCUCGAACUGAUAGCUUACUGUGAUGUCGAACGUCAUAUGAUAUGAUGCUAGUUUGUUCUACAAUCUUGGCUUGGCUUGGUUCAAUUUAUAGGAAAAUAAGUAUUAGCUAAUAUGAUAUUCCUCUUGCGAGUUGCAAUACAAAUUUAUUGCAAUUGCAUUACGUUAAAUGGUUCAAUUAAGUUAUUCGAUCUUGAUUUAUUUCA